GAAAAAUUAAAUUGGUGAUAGAGUAGCAUAAAAUAUAGGAUUAGGUUUGAGUAACUGCACUCAACUUACAAAUUUAGAUUUUAGGAUAGGUGUAAAUUAAAUUGGGGAUGAUGGAGCUUCUACUAUUGGUAUUGCACUUGGUAACUGCAAGUUCCUUACUAAUCUCACUUUUGAUAUUUCGAAAAAUUAAAUUGGUGAUAGAGGAGCAUAAAAUAUAGGAUUAGGUUUGAGUAAAAUCACUCAACUUACAAAUUUAGAUUUUAGGAUAGGUGAAAAUUAAAUUGGGGAUGAUGGAGCUUCUACUAUUGGCAUUGUACUUAGUAACUGCAAGUUCCUUAGUAGUCUCACUUUUGAUAUUUCGAAAAAUUAAAUUGGUGAUAAAGCGGUAUAAAAUAUAGGAUUAUGCUUAAGUAAAUGCUCUUAACUUAAAAAUUUAACUUUUAUCACAGAAAAUUAUGAGGAAUUUUUUAAAUUAAGUGAAAUCAUCAACUGUAAAAAUAUAAAAUUAUUGAAACUUAUAAUAAAAUAAUUUCCUUAAUAAAGAAAAACAGAAAUCAAAAGAUUAGCUUAAAAAAUAAAAAGGUUAGUUAAAUUAAAUGUAGAUGAAGAUUGA